UCUUGCGCAUGCGCCUUUAAUUUCGAAACCUCUUUGGCAGACUGUGCUUGAAAACUAUCGGCUAACUGUGCGUUUGUACAUUUGUGUUUAGUGUGCAGAAAUGGCUGCAAGAUAUGACAGAGCUAUAACAGUGUUUUCUCCUGAUGGUCACCUGUUUCAAGUGGAAUAUGCUCAGGAGGCAGUAAAGAAGGGCUCAACUGCUGUUGGAAUAAGGGGAAAGGAUAUUGUUGUCCUGGGUGUUGAGAAGAAGUCAGUGGCAAAACUUCAGGAGGAGAGAACCGUCAGGAAAAUCUGUGCUCUGGAUGAGCAUGUGUGCAUGGCCUUUGCAGGUCUUACAGCAGAUGCCAGGAUUGUCAUCAACAGAGCGAGAGUAGAGUGCCAAAGUCACAGACUUACAGUAGAGGACCCAGUUACUGUAGAGUACAUUACCCGCUACAUCGCCACACUUAAACAGCGUUACACUCAAAGCAAUGGACGUCGUCCCUUUGGUAUCUCUGCCCUUAUUGUGGGUUUUGACUACGAUGGCACUCCACGUCUAUAUCAGACAGACCCCUCUGGAACAUACCAUGCAUGGAAGGCAAACGCAAUCGGCCGUAGCGCGAAGACAGUGAGGGAGUUUUUGGAGAAAAACUACACAGACGAAGCCAUCGCUACUGAUAACGAUGCCAUCAAACUGGCCAUCAAAGCCUUACUAGAGGUUGUGCAAUCCGGGGGCAAGAACAUCGAGCUGGCUGUGAUCCGGAGGAAUCAGCCCCUAAAGAUUCUAGAGUCCAAAGAGAUCGAAACGCUGGUUGCUGAAAUAGAAAAGGAAAAAGAAGAAGAGGCAGAGAAGAAAAAGCAAAAGAAGUCUUCAUAAACCACUUUCAUAAACGCAUACUUCCUCUCCUAAUUUUGUUUAUAUGGGCAAAAGCACUUGGUUAAGGCCAACACUGACUGUACCCCACCUCUCAUCUGCUAAGAGCACAAUCUCUCACUCUUCUGCUGGACCCAAAAAACAGAUUUAGUAACCAUUUAGAAAUGUAUACAAUAUUCGCUUUAUGGGAAAAAGUCUACUUAAAACAUGUUCAGGGUGUACAUUUGUGUAAAGCAUCCAUGAGAGAUUGUGCUCUGGUCUGUCUAUCCUAAUAAACUGGUUUGAUUUGUA